AUAAUACAGUAAAGUUUGCAGUUUUUGAGGUAGAUCCUUCUUGCUGGUUCAGUUGAUGCAGGUUAGAACAAAGUUUGCUGUCUAUUACAUCCACAUUUCCCCUUUUCCCUGUUGCGUAUGUUGCAUGCUGAAAUAACUCCUGUAAAUGUGUCAGGUAUGAGUGCCCCUUCAUGAAGCCACACUGACUCUGCCUGUUGUAUUAUGUAUUUGCUAACCUCUUUUCCCUAGAUCCAGUCUGAGGCCAUUCCACAACUGGGAAUCAUGGGCCGAAUUUUCCUUGAUCAUAUCGGAGGCACCCGACUGUUCUCCUGUGCAAACUGUGACACCAUCCUGACAAACCGCUCAGAACUAAUCUCCACACGCUUCACAGGGGCAACAGGAAGAGCUUUCCUCUUUAACAAGGUGGUGAAUCUGCAAUACAGUGAAGUACAGGACCGAGUGAUGCUAACUGGGCGACACAUGGUCAGGGACGUGAGCUGCAAGAAUUGCAACAGUAAGCUGGGCUGGAUCUACGAGUUUGCGACCGAAGACAGUCAGCGAUACAAAGAGGGCCGAGUGAUUCUGGAGCGAGCUUUGGUGCGUGAAAGUGAGGGCUUUGAAGAACAUGUUCCCUCUGACACCUCCUGAGAAUUACCUUCGACAUUCAUACUUACUAUUCUGUUUCUGAAAGAAAGAAUACUUUUUAUUUUAAAAGGAAGUAAUUUUUCUCUCUCUCACUGUCGUGUACAGUGUCACUUUAGCAUUGAGUCAAGCGUUGUGUUGUAAAUUGAGAGACGUAAAAUAUCUCUAUUUCCAGACAGUGCUUUUAACUCCCAGUAUCUAGUUCCCUGUAGCGGAAAGCCUUCAGCGAUGCUUAGCUUUUAUUUAAUUUUUUUUUAAAAAGUAUUUUUCUUUGCUGUUUGUUUGUGCAGAGGAUCAGCUCCCCUCUGCCAGUAAGUCUUGCUGUGUGUAUCUCAAAGGGAAUGGUUUAACAGCGAAGAUUGUGAAAGGAGUGGGUUCCUACUGCACUGAGACUGUGCUGCUGCUGCUGGCAGGGGCCAGCUUCUCCUCACAUCGG